CUUCAGCCCCAGUGCAGCUGCUUCCGGACUUGGGUGCUCCGGACGGCUUGGUGAGGCCGCAGCACCGAUGCUGGGCCUAGGAGGAGGGGCAACAGCAGCCUGCAGCACCCCAACGCCUGGGUCCGGCGCUUUGCCUCGCCACUGAGAUCUCUGAGGACGCCUCUGGCCUGACCUUUCGGAGGUUGCGUCUCAGCUGCGUGCUUGGGGCACAUCCAGCCGCUUUGUAGGAGUCAUGGCCAUCUAGUUCAAGGGACGAACCUGCUGGCUGGAGUUCCCUGAACUCUUCCCUCCUCCUUUCAAUAGGAGGAUUCCUAUUACCAAGAUCCUUUAAGCCAGCCAUUCAGGAACCCCCACUUCGGGAGCAUCUAGGACCGGGGUGAUCCUCCAGCUACCUUCCUUCAUGAUGGAGUACCGCGUCCCCAGUUUUGGGGACACCUUGGGGCGUGGCCUUGGUGAGUGAAACUCAGUGUACUGCUUGCUGGGAAGGAAAUCCGGAAACAGGGAGGACACUGUCGGGGUGACCUGGACCUUAUCAGAUCCUGAGUCUUGGACUCGUGUGUGGGGUGGUGGUGGUGGUGAAUGAAUUUGAAUGUGCCUCCUUCCUUUAUCUUACAACUGAAAAGGAAACAAGCCGCCUGCCCCACUGGAGGCUUCACGACUAUUCAGGGAAGUGGGUAGCCACUUCUGAAUUCAGAAUACGAUUCUCCAAACAGAUACCUGCUCUUCUGAGCCUGAAUAGACUCUGUCUUCUGAGGAGCCCCUCAAUCCCCAAGCCUGAGCAGUGAGGGCCCCAGAAUUUGGGGGCUCAUUACGCACUCCAGUUAUGUUCCUCCGACGGCUUGGUGGCUGGCUGCCUCGCCCUUGGGGCCACAGGAAACCCAGGCCUGACCUGCCCACCACAGAACCCAGUCAGGUGAACAGUUCCUCUGAGAAUUCAGGGAGUGACUGGGACAGCGCACCAGAAACCAUGGGAGAGGUGGGGCCUCCCAAGACGAAGGACUCAGGGGCCUGGAGUUCUGGAGCUGCUCCAGGACCAAGCAGGGGGACGCAAGUUGAGCAACUGGGGAGCAGAAGAAUGGAUUCCUUCAAGAGGGUCAAGACUAGCACCAGCACUCAAGAAGCUGGAAGACUGGAGGCUGCAGAGACUAUUUCCAAACUGGGAUGGGAUCCUGUGGACUCAGGUGGCACCAGGAAAUCUGGAGUGUCCCCUGAAGGGGGACUGGACCCCCCUGGGCCUGAAGCGCCAGUGGAGAAGCCCAGCUGGCAGCGGCGUCAGAAGCUGCUGGGCUGGCUGCGGGGGGAACCAGGUGGGGGAGCAGGGGCUCCCUUGCAAUACCUGGGGGGCCCAGAGGAGUGCCUGCAGAUCUCUACCAACCUGACCCUGCACUUGCUGGAGCUACUGGCCUCAGCCCUGCUGGGGUUGUGUUCACGGCCACUGCGGGCAGCCUUGGACGCAUUGGGCCUGAGUGGGCCCCUGGGCCUCUGGCUUCAUGGGCUGCUGUCCUUCCUGGCUGCCCUGCAUGGGCUCCACGCUGUGCUGAGCCUACUUACUGCUCACCCCCUGCACUUUGCCUGCCUCUUUGGUCUCCUACAGGCCCUGGUGCUGGCUGUUAGCCUCCGGGAGUCCAGCGGGAAUGAGGAAGACACUGACUUGGAGGGUGAGAAGUUGGGGAGGGAGGGUGAGGAGCAGAGGGGAGACCCAGGAAAGGGGCUGUGACCUCAGAGUAGGGUGUGACCCAGGGCUCCCCACUCAGUGGACCGGGAGCAAAAGUGAAGACAGUGUGGCCUUUAGGAGGAGAGUGAGGGGCAUGACCCAGAUUGUAAGCACAGGGACCUCAGGGAUAGGAAAGAAGCCCUAGAGUAUGAGGGCACAGGCCUCCACCUCACCCAUAGGAAAGAAGAGCUGUUCAGGUUUAUGGACAGUGGGGGCAUGGCCCUUGUAUUCACCAGCUGUUGUUAUUUUUUGAUUUUAUAUUUCUCCCACCUUCCGUUCUUUUUUUUUUUUUUUUACCUUCACUUUGUAAAAGCAAAAAAACAAAGAGUGUGGUGGUGGAAAAUAAAGACUAAAGGGUCCUUUCUACCUCUCAA